UUUUUCUUUUUUUGAAAAAAAAAAAAAUAGAUCUUUAUGAUUCACACAUUAAAGGUUUAUAAAGUUAACCAUCCUGUAAACUUAUCAAUUGAUGAUGAAGGUCUUCGUAUUGAAGGAGAUUUAACUGCAGCUAAGCAAUCUAAAACUGUAACGACUGUUUGCUGCUUACCUAUUCCUUCUAAAAAAAGACCUGACCCUACUUUAUUACCUAUUGAUAACUUAUUUAUCAUCAAUGCGUUUUAUAAUGGCCGUACUAAAACGGUACAUUUCGAUUGCGUAUUGCCAGAAGAUAGGACAAAGGAUGAUUCCCCUGCCGACAUUUACAAUUUCAUUUAUUCUGUAGAUGAUGAUAAAAUACAAGAAGCAAAGAUUUUUUGUGAAAAGUUAUUGAAACAGGCUUAUAAGGGUGUCAAAUUUAGUAAAAGACUAUUAGUUUUAAUUAAUCCUUUUGGUGGUAAAAAAAAAGCCAGAGAGUUGUUUGAAUAUCAUGUUCGGCCUAUUUUUGAAAGCGCACAGUGCUCUAUCGAAGUAAAAUAUACAGAACAUCGAGGUCAUGCACUACAAAUUGCAAAAGAUUUAGAUAUUGAAAACUAUGAUACUAUUGUUACAGUAAGCGGUGAUGGUGUUAUUCAUGAAGUUAUUAAUGGUCUCCUUAAAAGAUCUGAUGCAAGGGAAGUAAUGAAGAAAAUUUCUUUAGGUAUUAUUCCUGGUGGUACUGGAAAUUCUCUUAGUAUCUCAUUACUUGGAGAAAAGAGAGGUUUUGAUCCUUGUUAUACUGCUCUUCAAACCAUUAAAGGCAAACCAAUGGCAUUUGACUUAUGCUCAAUUGUAUAUGAUGAUCAUAGAUAUUUUUCUUUCUUAUCACAAAACUAUGGCAUUACAGCCUAUGCCGAUCUAGGUACAGAACAUAUGAGGUGGAUGGGUGAUGCUCGUACUGUAGUAGGAUUAUUGCAAGAAAUCUUUUCACGUCAUACAUACAAUAUUAAAGCUGCUAUUCAGGUAGUUGAAUCUGAUAAAAAGAAAAUGCAAAAUGACUAUAUUACUUCAUUUACGAAUGAAGUGAAUGUACCUAUGAAUGAGCUUGAAGGCGAUGUAGUUGAUACGAUUCCUGACUUGUCUGAACCUGUUCCUGAUGAUUGGAUGGUGAUUGAGGAUAAAAUUUCAUUCUUUUUAACAAGUAAAGUGCCUCUCUUAGCAAGAGGAAUGUUAAGUCAUCCUUACGCCUUGCCUAAUGAUGGUACAAUUGACUUACUUUUGGUUCGUGGUUCACCAAAUAUUAGUAAAGAAUUGGAUGUCUUUAGUAAAGUCGAAAAAGGUCAACAUAUCAACUCUGAUAUUGUAAAAUAUUCUGUAAUACUUUAAAUUUAUUUAUUUGUUUACUUAUUUUUCUCUUUUUUCUUUUUUUUUUAAGGUGGAGUAUUACAAGAUUAAAGCCUUUAGAUUAACACCCAUUUUGAAACCUGGUCAAAAAGCAUAUGUUGCAAUUGAUGGUGAAUUUGCUCCAUGCAAGCCUUUUCAGGUCGAAGUUCAUCCUCGGUUAGCUCCUAUUUUAACGAUUAAUUCUAAUUUUAUUCCUACAAAUAUUUAAAUUGGUAACAAAUAGAUUCUUCUUUCUCCUUGUUUUUAUACACUUAGAUUCACUAUUUUAAUAAAUACACAAAAGUAUACAUUUUUUUUUUAAAGAAAAAAAA